CCCAGCCGCUACUACAACAAGGCUGCCGGGAGGUGCUGUUACCGCUGUCCUGUGGGGCUGGCCCUGCAGCAGCUGUGCCCGCGGGGACCGUCUGACUGCAGGAAGCAGUGCGAGCAGGAUUACUACCUGAGCGGGGACAACCGCUGCACCGCCUGCGUGAGCUGCGGAGAUGACCUCGUGGAGAAGAAGCCGUGUUCAGGGAGCUCCCCCCGUGUCUGCGAAUGCCAGCCUGGCAUGUUCUGUGCCACGUCAGCCACCAACUCCUGUGCCCGCUGCUCCCCCCACUCCGUCUGCCCCCCAGGGAUGACUGUCAAGUUCCCAGGCACAGCGGAGAGCGACACCGUCUGUGAGCCACCUUCCCCAGGGACCAGCCCGGACUGUGGCACCAGCCCAGAGGACUGCAAGGCGCCUGCCAGUGGCACCACACCCCAGGCCAAGCUCAUCCUGACCGCAGCGGGCUCCGACGCCAGGACCUCGCUUCUUGGAGGGGCCACUCCCCUCGCUCCAGGAGAUGAGUCGGAAAUGAUGAAGGCUCCCAACUCUCUCUCCUCUGUGGGGAAGCCAAGUCCGGGUCCAGGGCUGUCCCCACAGCACCUGUGCCCGCUGGGGUCCAGCGACUGCAGGAAGCAAUGUGAGCAGGACUACUACUUGGACAGGGAUGGGCGCUGCACAGCCUGCGUGAGCUGUUCAGGAGAUGACCUCGUGGAGAAGACACCUUGCACGUGGAACUCCUCCCGCGUCUGCGAAUGUCGGCCUGGCAUGUUCUGUGUCACGUCAGCUACUAACACCUGUGCCCGCUGCGUCACCUGCCCUGCGGCCCCACCGGAGAUGGUCACCAACGUCCAGGGUAAAGCUGAGAGGGACACCAGCCAUGAGCCCCCUCACCCAGGGACCCACCUUAACUGCAGCACCAACCCAGAGGACAGCGAAGCACCUGCCAGCACCAGCCCCGCCCGGAUCUCCCUGGCAGACUUCCCUGCCCAUAAGGGGCAUGCAGGGGCCGCCACCCACGCCCAGGGGGACGCCUCCCUCUCAACAAGUGCUCCCACCCCUUUCUCAUCCACGGGGCGACCCACCCUGGUCUCAGGGCCUGUGUUCCUCUGGGCGCUCGCAGUGCUGGUGGUGCUCAUCGGCUCCAGCUCCUUCCUCCUGUGCCACUGGAGGGCGUGCUGGAAAUGGAUUCGCCAGAAGCUCCACCUUUGCUACCCGGUCCAGACCUUCCGGACCAUGCCUGAGCCUGUGGAUUCCAGGCCCCAGAAGAACCAGACAGAGCUGGAGAGGAGCGGGUCGGUGGCCGAGCCCUGCUGCACAGGGGAGCUGGGGUUCAUGCGCCCCCCGGCUGUGGAGACCUGCAACGUGGGGGCCGCCUGCCCGGAGAGCCUGCCGCUGGUGGGUGCCAGCCCAGCCGGGAGCCCCCCGUCCCCCAGGGACCUUCCCGAGCCCCGCAGGACCGCGGAGCAUACCAACAACAGGAUUGAGAAAAUCUACAUCAUGAGGGCCGACACAGUGAUCGUGGGGACCGUGAAGACCGAGGUGCCCGAGGGCCGGGCCCUGGUGGAGCCGGCGGAGCCUGAGCUGGAGGAGGGCUUGGAGGUGGACCAUGCCCCCCACUACCCAGAGCAGGAGACAGAACCACCUCUGGGCAGCUGCAGGGACGUCAUGUUCUCGGUGGAAGAGGAAGGGAAGGAGGACCCCUUGCCCACGACUGCCUCUGGGAAAUGA